GUUGCUUACUCCAUACUUUAUUCCUGCUCCCAGCGUGCAGACCCUCCUUCCUCAGCUCAGCGGGGAGAGAGUCCCACAACACUUCUGCCCCUCCCGCAAGACUGCGGCAGGCCACAGCACCGGCAGACGCCACACUCAGCAGGGACACUGCAGCAUGGAGCUGAAGAGAGGAAAGACAUUCAUCAAAUCUAGCCUGCAGAUUGACCAUGAGAAACCCCCAGAUCCAGCAGCCACUGCCCCGGCCACGGAGGAUGCAGUCUCACCAGGAGGGCAGCAGCGACCCCACAGUGAGAGGGGCCCCCAGGUCAGUCCCAGCACCCAAGGAUAUGACAGGUGCUCCGACAAGGGGGCCCAGCCAGACGCCAAUGGGGGGCCUGCAGCUCUCUGUGGGACCACCUUCAAACUGGUGCAGAAGAGCAAGACUCAAGACACUGCGCCCAGGGCUGACAGGGCAGCCGCAGCUACAGGGCAGCUGGUGGGCAGCGCAAGCUUCCCAGGGCCCCCCAGGAGCCAGCGCAUGAUUGACUACCGCCACUUUGUGCCCCAGAUGCCCUUUGUACCAGCUGUGGCCAAGAGCAUCCCAAGGAAGAGAAUUUCCCUGAAACGACCCAAGAAAUGUUUUCGGAAUCUAUUCCACAUCCGCAGAAACAAAACUGAGAAUUUGGCCUCACUGGCAACCAAGGGGAAGAGCUUGUCCUCCCCUGAAGGCCCAUCAGAGGCUGGAGGGCAGCAAGGCACAGCUUGCUUCCCCUUGGGCGAGGGGCUGGGACUGGACAGCCUGUGCCAGGACCUGUCUGACAGUGAGUUCCUACCCGACUCCUCCUUUGACCUCUGCAGGGCCCUGUGUGAGGAUGUGGCCUCGCUCAAGAGCUUUGACUCACUCACCGGCUGCGGGGAGAUCUUUGCAGACGAGAGCUCAGUGCCCUCCCUGGAGCUGCAUGAGGGCCUGGAGAGCCCUGCCCGGGCAUCCCAGGCCCCUGACUGCAUGGCUUCCAGGGGCCCCUUCCAGGGCAGCGUAGAGCAGCUGGCAUCGCCUGCCCAGAACGAGAUGUCUGACUUUGACAAGUUCUGGGACCGUGUGAAUCACUCGGUGAGGCAGCAACAGCGCGCCCUGCUAGGUCCGUGGCUGGGGGGCCCCCAGGGGUCAGACACAGACAAGCCCAGGCCAGAUGCAGCUGGGCUUGCUGAGCUCCCCCUGUGCCCAUGCAGGGACCCCCACGGCGACUCCAAAGCCAGCUCCAUAGACACGGGCACGCCCAAGAGCGAGCGGCCAGAAUCUGUGUCCACGAGCGACGAGGGCUACUAUGACUCCUUCUCACCAGGCCUCGAGGAGGACAAGAAGGAGGCCCCGAGCCCAGGCACACCCGCAGCCGCCUUCCCCAGGGACAGCUACAGCGGAGACGCCCUCUACGAGCUCUUCUAUGACCCCACCGAGGGCCCUGGGAGCCCGAGCCUGGACGACGACCUGUGCGUGUCUGAGAGUCUGUCGGGGCCGGCCCUGGGAGCCCCGCUGUCCAUGUGCAGCUUCCACGUGGGGGCAGAAGAGAACCUGGCCGCCGCUCCAGGCCCAGACCUGCUCAGCCAGAGCUUCUUGCAGAGCUCCUGGAGGGGCAAGGAGUGCCUGCUGAAGCUCUGCGACACCGAGCUUGCCAUCACCAUGGGCAUUAUCAACUGGCUCCGCCGGAGCCCAGAGCUCCGUGUCCCGCCUGCCUCAGCCCCCAGGGAGCCUGCAACGCCCCCGGGAGGACUGGUGGAGAAACCAGGAGCUGGCUCUGAGAAGGUGUGCCUAGGUCCAGUGAAGCUGGAGGGCGGGGGGACCCGGGCCUUAGAUGCGGGGAGGACCUCCGUGAGCUCAGCACCCAGCAGGCGGGAGCUGUGGGCAUGUUCGGGCCGCAAGGGCCCGCUUGCUGGAGUGAGUGAGGUCCUAGCGGGGACCAAGCAGGGGACCACCUCUCCAUCCAGGGACCCCCCUCUGGAGUGUGUGCAGGUCUCUGGGGAAGAAGGGACACAAGGCCACCCUGAAGGCUCGUUCUCCUCUGUGGGGUCUGCAGCCCCCAUGGCAACCAACACAUCCAGCAAAAACAAGGUCCCAAACCCCUCUGCCUGGCCUGGCUCCCAGGAGCCCAGUUUUCCUGGGAACCUGGGGUGUUUCCAAGGUCCCUGGAGGCCAGGUCUCGGGGGAAGCACCGUGGAUUUAGAGCUCACUCUGACAGGCUGUGUGGCCCAGGUGGCAGCCCUACAGAUCCACCCAGACUGUCAGCCCCCAAGGCAGAACACAGGUAGCGGGCUCCGCGGGCAGCCUCAGGCCAGGGGCCCUGACGUUCUACAACAGAAACAGCCUGACAGCUUCCCUAGCAUGGCUGCCCUAUGUGGCCUGCCCUCCCUGGCCAGCCCACUCCACAGCCUACAGGACCAGAGGUGCCCAGGCCGCAUUCUGGACCUGAGCCAGAUCAAGGUGGAGCCCGCCAGGCUGGAUGCCCAGGCCCAUGCCUCUGUGGAGGACCAGCCUCUGCAGCUCAGCUCAAGGGCUAUAGAGCAGGCUGCACACAGGAGCCAGCUGGACUCAUAGCCCCCUCAGUCCUGCUGCCUGGGAUCACCUGCCAGGAAUUCUGGCCCUCACUUCCAACAGCCAGUGGGAGGGGGCCCACUCUGCAAGUGCCCCAGAAAGCCGCUACAGCUUCUUGGACCACGAGGGCAUCCUCUGCAACCAGCAGGAAGUGGGACCUCCCAGGCCAGCAUGGCUGAGACCCACCUUUGGAACGGUCUUGUGUCUUUGUGGUCACACUCAGGAGAGCCUAAGACCCAAAUCUCCACCCUUUGUCCCCGAUGUGAGGACUGUACUGGGGGGGAGGGGGUGGCAGGACUCAGUGGGGCGGGGCAUUUUAACAUGGAGGCAUCCACAGCUGAACCCACCAGCUCAGCCAGAAUAGGUCCCGGGCAGCCCAAGGCCAAGGACAAUCGCAAAGCUUCUAGCGCUCUCAAAAUGUGCCUCACCGACUUUCCCACCAAAAAAUGAAGCGUCUAAACCCAGAUGUGAAGUAGCCACAUUUGGCCACUCCUCAUACAGCAUGUCAGAGAGAGGAGCUCGGGUUUGAAACUGAUGGGAUGGAAAUGGUACAUAUUAUAAAGGGUACAUAUUGUGCUGAUAACUCUGCACAAGGGUUGAGAGUAAUAAAUGUGAGUGGGGGGUCUGAGGCUCAGGGGUAGGCGCUUGAGACAGGGGUAGGGGGCUGCAGAUGAGCUUGGGAGUGCCCACUUGCCCCACCCCAGCCUGCUCUCCACCCCCAGGAUGAGCAGCCACAACCUUCGGGACCCUGAAGGGCUUCUCUGAGGGAAUCAGAAGCAGAACCAGCCAUCUCAGCAAGAGCCUUGAACCAGCAGAUGCCAUGCAUUCCUGUGCAACCUUGCCAGGGCUGGCCAGACCCUGCAGACUCUGGCCUAUGGGUGUUCUCUGUCACAAAGCAUCCCAUCCAAACAAUGAUUUCCCCCAGCUUGCAUUCUCUAACUGAGCUACAGGUGGCAAGAUACUCUUGGGGAAGAAGCUGACUGAUUCUCCACACUGCCAUUCUUGCCCUCCAUGCUGCCAAGCAUUCUAGCCUCCCACUUCAGGAAGGCUCACCUUUGAAUGAGGCUGUAUCCCCCAACCCCUCGAAAGCCACAUGUGCACAGCACCAAACAUUCAGAAUCACAGAGGGAAAGGUGGCUCGCACCUCAGGAAGGGCAGGUGUCUGUUUGGCCAGCCUCAGGGCAGCAGGCCAGCAGCCAGCCCCCUGCCAGGGUUCCCUACGAUUAGAUCCUGCCUCAGCUGCCCUGUUGUGGUGAGGUGCCAGGCGGGG